AUGAAGCCAUUGAAUGUGGUCAGACCUGAAUCAGGGGAAGGUUUCAGGACAGCAACUGAAGUACUAAAGGAGAAAGGCAAGUCAGUUAUCAAUAUGGAUGCAGAUGAUGUUCAUGACAAUGAUGCAAGUGGAGGAUCAACAGAUUCAGAAGAAGAGGGUAGUGACAUUGAUUAUGUGCCUGAAAUUGCAGAUAGUGACUAUGCCAUAUCAGAGGGAGAUGAUGACUUGUAUGUGAACAAUUGCUUUGAUGCUGUAGAGGAGAAUAGGAAUGAGGAACAAUUAGAUGUGUCAGAAGAUGAUGAGUUAAGAAGGCCAGAUUCUGAUGAUGAAGGAAUAAUUGAGAUGAACUUCAAGACAUUUAGGGAUGAAGAUUUAAUAAGCCCUAAAUUUCAUGUUGGGCAAGUUUUUCAGAAUGUGCAGCUGCUUAGGAAGGCUAUCAAAGAAUACUCAUGCAGGAACAGGGUCAACCUGAAGAUGCCAACUAAUGACAAGAUGAGGGUUUGUGCAAAAUGUGAGGAGGGGUGCCCUUGGUAUCUAUGGGAAUCCAAUGACAAUAGGACAAAGGCAUUCAUGGUUAAGAAGCUUGUGGACAAACACACAUGCAACAAGAAAUGGCAAGUGAAAAGCUUCACAGCUCCAUACAUGGCAGAGAAGUAUUUGGACUCAUUUAGGGCAGAUGAAAACAUGAGCAUGAAGAACUUCUCUAGGGUGGUGCAGGAACAAUGGAAUAUGAAGCCUACAAGGAGUAAGCUUAGGAGAGCAAAAAGGUUGGCUCUUAAUAUUGUCCAUGGAGAUGAGGAGAAACAGUACAAUAAGCUUUGGGACUAUGCAAAUGAAUGGAGAAGGUCAAAUCCAGGGAGCAGAUUUUAUUUAGCAGCAGAUACAGAUGAAGGGUUUGAUCAAAGCUGUCAGAGAUUACUUUCCACAUGCAGAGCACACAGGUUCUGUGUCAGGCACUUGUGGCAAAACUACCAACAGCAGUUUAGGGGUGAAGUGCUCAAGAACCAGCUGUGGAAAUGUGCUAGGAGCACAACUCCUUCUGAUUUUGAACAGAACAUGGAAGAGCUUAGAGUGAUAAACUUUGAAGCAUGGAAAUGGCUGUCAGGGAUAGACCCCAACACUUGGGUUAGGGCAUAUCAACAAGAGUUCCCCAAGUGUGAUAUUCUUCUCAAUAAUGCUUGUGAAGUGUUUAACAAGUACAUUCUUGAGGCCAGAGAGCUCCCCAUAUUGUCAUUGAUCAUGACAAUAAAAAAGCAGUUGAUGACAAGGUUCUACAACAAGAGAGAGGAAGCAGAAACAUGGGAUGGCACUGUUUGCCCCAAAAUUAAGAAAAGACUUGAGAAGAAUGAUGAUUUGUUAGCUACAUGUCAUGCAUCAAAUGCAGGGGAUGGAAUAUUCCAGGUUGAUAACAAAGGGAGAUCUUACAUAGUGGACAUAAAAGCUUUAAGUUGUACUUGCAAAAGGUGGGACCUCAAUGGCAUACCAUGCCAUCAUUCUGUUGUUUGCUGCAAAGAUGAGAGAAUUGAGCCUGAGGACCUAGUUGACAAAUGCUACAACAUUGCCUCAUUUCUGAAAGCCUACCAGCCUAUCAUCAUGCCAGACAGAGAUGGGAGAGAGUGGGAAAAGAUGCAUGGUCCAGUGAUCAAACCCCCACCCAAGAAGAAUGACAAAAAGGGAAGGCAUCAGAAGAAUAGAAGGAAACAACCACAUGAAGCCAAGGACAAGAGAGGAGGCAAAAAGCUCACAAGGCAUGGUGUGGUCAUCACUUGCUCUCAUUGCCAAGAGGAGGGUCACAACAGAGCAGGUUGCAACAAGAGGAAAGCUGGUUUGCCACCUGUGAGGCAUGUGCCACAACCACAACCUAUUCCUCCUAUUCCUGUUGACUCAUCAGAUGAUGAACAACAGAAUGUGCAUCAAGUUGAAGUUGAUUCAGGCAGUGAAGAAAGUGAAGAGGAACCAGUAAUAACUCAGGAAGUGUUUGGUGACACAAUGGUACAACAGAUGAGAAGGGAGCAACAAUCAUCUAGGAGACCUAGACUUUCUCAGCAACUCAUGCCUGAAUCAAGCUUCAUUAGCUCAGCAAGAGCUCAGAGCAGUAGCAUGCCACAUGUUACUACAACUGCUAGCAGGGAUGGUAGUCAAGCCAUGAAGCUCAGGCAGAUGAAGAUGGAGAAAGACAGAGAAAUGGCAGAGAAGAGAGAUGCUGCACUGGAGGCACUAAAUGCUGCAGUAGAGAAGAGAGCUGCUGAGGCACAAGAGAAGAGAGACCUGGCUGCAAAGAAGAAAGCAAUAGAAAGAGAAGCAAAGAAGCAUGAAACACAACAGAAAAGAGCUGCUAAUGUUGCAAAGAAGAAGGAAAUAGCUGAAGCAAAUAGAGCAAUUGUCCUACAACAAAGAGAGAAGAAAACAGCAGAGCUGGCAGCUGCUAGAGAGGAGGCAAGGAAGAGAAAAGCUUCUGAGCUUGCUGCCAAAAGAAAGGAAGAUCAGCACAACAGGUCCAGGCUGAAGAGGGCCUCUACAAGUGCACAUGACAUGGGAGGUGGCUCUACAAGCAAGAAAACCAGGAAGGUCAGCAUGUUUGAUGAACUGAGAGAGCCUAGGAAGUAGAAAAUUUGGUCUGUAUCAAGUUCUUCUGGUGAACUAAUCCAGCAUUUUGGUGUUUCUUGUCAUGUUAAACUUAAAUUUGGUCUGUGUCAAGUUCUUCUGCUGAACUUAACCUUACUGUUAAGCUUGUUAGACAUGUGCUUUUGGUGGAUCUUUACUAUCUUAUUUAACCUGGUGCUUUGUUGUGCUUGGUAUAUAUGUUGCUUGUCAUAUAUAUUUCUUGAACCUGGUGAUCAUCUUUGUUACAUAUCUUGUGAUGAUCAUCUUUGACAUGCUUAUCAUUUUGCCAACAUUUUCUGAUUUGUCACUU